AUGCCAGAUCUUCAGCUAGAAAAAGAUCUCAAUCGAGCGGUGGAUCUUCUCAAAGUCCUACAGAGCAAUCCUGGGCUCCCCUGCGACAAACUAAAAGCGCUGCAAGAAGUUCUCGAAUCCGACUUUCUCAAAGCGAUCGCAAAUGUUUACCAGUCAAUUCACGAUACUGUCGAUAUUCCCCAUGAAAAUGAGGAAGCUGCUGCCAUCGCAACCGCCAAAGCGACUGUAGCUGCUUUUGCCGCGGCGGAAGGGCACAGCCAUCCGAGAGUUAUUGAAUUGCCGAAUACUGGAGAAGGACUUGGAUUCAAUGUCAUGGGAGGGAAGGAGCAGAAUUGCCCAGUUUACGUGAGCCGUAUCAUACCAGAAGGCGUUGCCGCUCGACAUGGAGGCCUGAAACGCGGAGAUCAGCUUCUUUGGGUGAAUGGAACUCCCGUGGAUGGCGAAUCACAUGACCGCGUCGUCGAGCUGUUAAAAGCAGCGAAAGGGCCCGUGAAACUGGUGGUACUGUACGCACCGCAAGUCCUGGAAAACAUGGAAAGGCGCUUUGAAGAGCUCAGACUUUCGAGGAAAAACCAACGAUGA